AUGAUAACUAAUGGUAAUCAAAGAUUAUUACCACCAGGUCCAUGGAAAUUGCCUCUUGUUAGAAGUUUGCAUCACCUUAUUGGAGAACUUCCACAUCAUGCUCUUAGAAAUUUAGCUAGAAAAUAUGGGCCACUGAUGCACUUGCAGCUAGGUGAAGUUCAUGCAGUUGUUGUAUCAUCUCCUCAUUUGGCAAAACAAUUUCUUAAAGUUCAUGACCAUUCUUUUGCAGCAAGGCCAGAGCUUAUGGUCUCUGAUAUAAUCUUUUAUCGUCAAAAAGACAUUGUAUUUUUAAAAUAUGGCGAUUACUGGAAACAUAUCGUAAAAUAUGCAUUUUCAGAGUUACUCGGUGCAAGAUGGUCAAGUCAUUACAGUUUAAUUCGACAAGAUAGAGGUGGGUUUGAUGUGGCCGAUCUCUUUCCUUCGUGGAUAUUACUUCAUGAAAUCAGCGGAAUGAGAAACAGAUUGAUGAGUAUGCAUCAAAAGAUUGAUGUAAUAUUGGAGAACAUUAUUAAUGAACAUAAAGAUAAUCAAGCAAAUGGGAAGAAGGGCAAUGGUGAGUUUGGAGGGGAGAGGAAUAGAUUAAAGAAACAUAGUGGGAAUCUUAUCUUGGUUUUAAUUGUUGGUAGUGAGGAUAAUUUUGCCCCUAGGAGUUUGCAAAUUGCUGCCCUGUUCCACAAAUGGAAUUCAAUAAAGUUGAGCCCUUCAGCUGAUCUUGGCAUUCACAGAGUUUCCCAAGCCAGAGGAGCUUUUUUGGAUUUUUCAGAACCCCCAAGAAAUGUUCUGCAGAUAUUGAAAUUUAGUGGACCAACACCUAAUCCUAGCAAUCAUCUUCUCUACUAUGGGCAUACAUUGCUCAAUGGUGAUCUUUUUGGAAGAGAGUGGCACACCUAG